AUAUUUUUUAUUAAAAUAUUUCCCAGGUCAAGAAUAAACUGUCACUCUCAAGUAGUUGAAUAGCUACAUGUUCUGUGAGCAGUGGAAUAAAAUGCAGAAUAAUAUUAACGCUGCAGAACAAGAAAAAUGAUGCAUUCAUGUGUCACUGAUGAUAUAGGUACAGUAAGCACAAUGUACCUUUUUAAAGGAAUAUCAACAUUAGGAAACAUGAAAUCCCUGUAAGUGCAGUUUUGGUAAUUUUGAUGUUUAAGUUAAAUCUUACAAAUGAAUCUGUAGUCGGGUGAGAAAACACCCUGAGAAGUGAAAUCCAACCACUGGGUGGUGAAAACCACUGGAAAACCCACUGAAUGAGCUGAAAAAUGUUUUGUGGCCAACCAUAAAACAGACUGUUUCACUUAGUUACGCGCAUCAACAUGUGAGAAACUCAGCCAUUACACCUGAAAAUGACACUGUAGUAUUUGCCUUUGAGAUAUAUCAAAGGAUAACUCCAGUUUAUACCUUCCUGGGUUUUAUUUUCAGAGCUUUGGCAAUCAUUCAUUUGACAACACGUUUGCAGAGAUCUGGGAAUUGGAUGAGACAUCACCACAAUAAAGUGCAUCCAAGCAAAAAAUACAAGUAUUGGAACAAUCGGAUAAAUUGUAAACAAGCAAACAGUUUAGCCAACCAUGUUAUUUAGAGAUAAAAACACAAGUGAGUGCAUGUGAAAUGUCUAUGCAGGGAAACUGUGCAUGCACAACUACAGUAAGUAUGAUAGAUCAAAUAUAAACCAGGGAGCCAACCUUUAAACUGUGAUAGAUUUUCUCCUUUCAAAUAAUUUGGCUAACCUUGUGGCUUAAUUAAAGCUGAUUGAUCAUGUGACAGCUCAUGUUUCUUACACCAUUAAAAUGAACUGUUAGUGAUGUUGCCACAUUCCCAGAUGUCAUGAAUUAACUUGGUGAAUAAAAUGUUUAAGUUACAAAAAGCAAUGAAUUGCAAAACUACGUAAAUAAGACCCAUGUUGUAAUUAUUCUUUAAUCUGGUCAUAAUAUCAACAUUCUUUGAAAUUCAACCAGAAGGACUCACUAUGACAUGCGUCUCUAAUGAUGGUCACAUCACACAAAACAGCAUAACACAGUUUCUCUUUCAGUCUAUAUGUUCAUCAGGAAUCCUUCUUUAAAGAGAUGUUACCUGAAUUUCCUUAACCAUCCAACAUAAUUGAGAGUGUCCGUUAUGUUAUAUGUUGAAGACUUAGAGUAAGAAACACAUGUUGCGUAACAGUCAGUUGUGUGUUCACACAUGAUUCAGAUCUACGUGAUUAAAAUUCAAGAGAAGUCUGAACAGGAAGGACCAAAAGACAAAAUUUAUUCUCACUUCUCAAAAUUACUUUGCUUUAACAGAAAACAUCAGAAAACUCACAGAGGGAAUUGUACUAACAGCUGUCCAGAAGAAAAUGAAUUACACAUCUUGUCCCCGUGUCAGCUUUGACUUUACAGGCAGAUUUCUACCUCCUGUUUUCAUCUUGGUAUUCAUCAUUGGUCUGGUGGCUAAUUAGAUAAAAAAUAAAUAUAGUAAACAUGUUACUAAUUCUAUUAAAAGAAUCCUAUAAACAUCUGUGCUAUACACAGUAAGCAAGAUGUACUUUAUUUAUGCUCAUGAUACAGAAUGUAUUCUGAAUGAUACCAUAUGACUCUCUCAAUUUGGAGAGUCUAGUGUGUCAUCUGCAUUUUGAGUGAUACCAGUACAUUAUAAGCAGAUGCAGUACCGCAAUUCCUACAGACGUAGACACAGCGAUAAUAAUAACAAUUUCAUGGCAGCGUCUUUGGCUGUAUGUUGUUAUUUCCUGGUGUGUCAUAAUUUACUCCACUUGAAGGAAAUGCUGUCCUUUCUUGUAAGAGUGCUGUGAUGGUGAAGUUCUGACAGUCUGUGCUGUAAUCAUUAACAUUUGACAAACCAAUCUCAAAUACAUUUUUUUAUCAAAAUAUUCAAGGUCAAGAAUAAACUCACUCUCAAGUAGUUGAAUAGCUACAUGUUCUGUGAGCAGUGGAAUAAAAUGCAGAAUAAUAUUAAUGCUACAGAACAAGAAAAAUUAUGCAUUCGUGUGUCACUGAUGAUGUUGGUAUAGUAAGUACAAUGUACCUACAAUGUAACUUUUAAAGGAAUAUCAACAUUAGGAAACAUGAAAUCCCUGUAAGUGCAGUUUUGGUAAUUUUUUCUUACAAAUGAAUCUCUAGUCAGGUGAGAAAACACCCUGAGAAGUGAAAUCCAACCACUGGGUGGUGAAAGCCACUGGAAAACCCACUGAAUGAGCUGAACUGAACUGACCGUUUCACUUAGUUACGCGCAUCAACAUGUGAGAAACUCAGCCAUUACACCUGAAAAUGACACUGUAGUAUUUGCCUUUGAGAUAUAUCAAAGGAUAACUCCAGUUUAUACCUUCCUGGGUUUUAUGUGUUGGGAACUUGUUAGAGAAAUGUAAUUGUCCCCUCAAUACACUAUACACAGGAUUGUCAUUGUGUUAGUGUUACUGACGUUGACGAGCCUGCAUCAUCUGCAAAUCACUAAGGAGAUGCAAUUGCUGAUGGCCUCAAGGAGAAAUCCUACAAAAUCACAAUUCAAAUCCCUCACAAAAAUAACACACUUUCAAUAAGCAUGGUGUAAGUUUAGGCUGAAGACUGAAGUCACACUCCCACUGGCUUCAGAUUGGCAUGAGUUCACAAUCAUUGGCUCAUUCACAGCAUUGUGGCUGAAUAUACACAUCUUCCCUAAAAGUGAGUUGUGUUUUUGCACAUGAUUCAUCUCCACCUGAUUCAAAUUCAAGAGAAUUCGGAAUAGGAAUUCUUUUAAGAACCAAAACCGACAAAAUUUACUCUCACUUCUCAUGUUGCUUUUAUACAAAACACAACUCAACACACACUCACUUAGAGAAAGACUAAGUACUAACAGCUGUCCAGAAGACAAUGAAUAACACAUCUUGUCCUCAUGUCAACUAUGUGUUUAAAGGCAGAUUCCUAUCGUCCGUUUACCUCUUAGUAUUCAUCAUUGGUCUGGUGGCUAAUGGAUUGGGACUGAAGUCUUUGCUGCAGAACUGGAUGAAACUAAAGAUCAUCAAUGUGUUUGUUCUCAACCUCGGACUUGCAGAUAUUCUGUAUCUGCUCACACUACCAUUCUUGGUGGUGUACAACUUUAAGAAGAGUACAUGGAUCUUUGGAGAUGCAUUCUGCAAGAUAACAAGAUUCUGCUUCAACCUGAAUUUAUAUGGCAGCAUUGGAUUCCUUACUUGUAUAAGUGUGUACAGGUACCUGGCUAUUGUCCAUCCAGUGAGAGUGAAGGGAAGAAUAACUGUCACUCACUCUGUGGCUAUCUCAGUCAUGGUUUGGCUGUUGGUGGGUGUUCAAAGUCUUCCAGACAUGUUCUAUGCCAAAACCAAUGAAGGAAAUACGUCAGCAAAAUGCUAUCAUACCACCACUGGAGCCUAUGUUGAGGAUUACCUGAAAUACAGCCUUGGAUGGACACUGACUGGGUUUUGUAUCCCAUUCCUCAUCAUGCUGGGCUGCUAUGGGCAUAUAGCUUUAGUUUUAUGGACAAUGAAGAGAACUGACAAGGUACAAAAACAAAGAGGAUUGAAGUUGUUGUUCAUUUUGAUCCUCCUAUUUUCUGUUUGUUACAUCCCCUAUCACGUAGUUAAGAACCUCAACCUCUGGUCGAGAGUUCUGGACAAACAGAUGAUAUGCCGUAAAUGGUCUAACAGAGUUUACAUUGCUCAUCAGAUAAGUCGUGGCCUUGUGUGUCUGAACAGUGCUCUCAACCCUCUAGUUUACCUCCAUAUGAAUGAAAGAAUUCCUGCUCAGGUCAGACAGCUGCUCCAGCGAGCUCGUCAGAUGUCCCACCGUUUGUUUCUGUCAAACUUAGACUCUGUGUCUGUGGCUCAAACUGCAGACGAAGUUUAACACAAGUAAAC